UCUAGAAUAAACCACCAAAGGUGGUUCAAGUAGAUAGUAGUUUAAUUUUAGAAUUCUGUUCUUCUCAACUCUUUUUCUUCAUACCUCAUCCUCGUGAUAAUCUCUUCCAAAAAGUUCUCCUUCCCAAGCACUCUCUUUCAAGCAAGAUGGCCGUGCCAGUUUCUGCCAUCGGAUUUGAAGGAUACGAAAAGCGACUUGAGAUUACCUUUUUUGAGUUAGGAAUGUCUGAUGGCCCGGGAUGUGGCCUACAGUCUCUCUCCAAAGACCAAUUGGAUGAAAUUCUGACACCGGCUGCAUGCACCAUAGUGUCUUCAUUGGCAAAUGAUGAAGUCGACUCUUAUGUCCUUUCGGAGUCUAGCCUCUUUGUCUACUCAUACAAGAUCAUCAUCAAAACUUGUGGCACUACAAAACUGCUGCUGUCAAUCCCACCCAUUCUUAAGUUAGCUGAUGCACUUAACCUGAAAGUGAAGUCAGUGAGGUACACUCGUGGUAGUUUCAUCUUCCCUGGGGCUCAGCCAUAUCCACAUCGUCACUUCUCUGAAGAAGUAGCCGUGCUUGACAGCUAUUUCGGUAAGCUUGGUGCAGGCAGCAGUGCAUAUGUGAUGGGUAAUGCUGAUAAACAACAGAACUGGCAUGUCUAUUCUGCUUCAGUUGAAUCUGCCAAUGCCAAUAACCCGAAUCCAGUUUAUACACUGGAGAUGUGCAUGACUAAUCUGGACAAGAAGAAGGCAUCCGUAUUUUUCAAGACUCACUCAAGCACUGCUGCUGAGAUGACUGAAGUUUCAGGCAUUCGGAAGAUCCUUCCAGAAUCAAACAUAUGCGACUUUGACUUUGAUCCCUGCGGUUACUCAAUGAAUGCUAUCGAGGGGCCAGCAAUCUCUACAAUUCAUGUCACACCUGAGGAUGGAUUCAGCUAUGCAAGUUUUGAAGCAGUGGGUUAUGAUUUCAAAGACGUAAACUUGACUGCCAUGAUCGAGAGGGUGUUGUCCUGCUUCGGACCUGCUGAGUUUUCUGUAUCACUACACUGUGACACUCCUGGGAAGGAACUUUAUACUGAGUCCGGCCUGGACAUUAUCGGAUACGCCUCUGGAGAAAAGACUACUGAAGUGCUUGGUGAGGGAGGAUCACUUACGUACCUCACAUUCAGUAGCAAUGGUAGCUGUGGAUCCCCUAGGUCAAUCUUCCAUUGCAGUUGGAGCGAGAGCGAGGAUGAGGAAAUGGAGAAGAUAUAUUAAUGAGAAAUUUGUUUAUUCUCCGUUUUAGUAUGCAAUACUAUAGCUGGUAUAGAUCCAGCCAUGCUUUUCUUAUUGGUUUAUGAGUCUAGUAGUAUUAUAAGGUUUUGUUGUUUAUAUUCAGUAAUAUAGUAUGUCUGGGUAUCAAAUAAACAGUCUGCGUUGAGUCUAUGCAGAUCGCCAGCUUUAUGACGUUUGGUAUCAAUAUUCAGUGUUCUGUUGUGUAAUAAAACUCCGUCUGAGACUCUAAUAACAUAGUGUUGUCAUUGUGGAUAUGUUUGUAUUACAUGUCCUUUUUUAUGUGGA